AUUUAUGAUCAAAAUACUAUUCUGAAAUUAUCAUCAAGACUACACUGUACGAUAUUUUUGCGAUGAAAGUUCAGUAAGUCGAUUUGCUGGACUUUUUGUACACAUAUUGUUCAUUCAGAAACAAUUUGGAUUUGCAAUCGUACAAAUUGUACAAUGUCGUCGAUGUAGAACCAAUCGUGAAGGAUAAUACAACCAAUUUCCCUUCGAAUUCGAAAGCACAGGUGGUUUAAGUAACACGCUUAUAUGCGAUUCAUACGUUAAUUUUGGGCGCAAUUAUUGUUUGAUCUAUAAUCGUUCAUUCCCAGACAUUCUAUAGACGGUUGUAAGUACUAAAACCGAGAUUACUUGCGCUCCUGCGUUCGUAUAUUCCGUACAGUUUCAUGCGAACUUUCGAGGAAAGAACAGCGUAGAGUAUACGAUGCAAGAUCAAAAAGACUUGGAUCGUGCGGCUGAGGUGUUAGCUUGGAAUAAACGACUAAUGUCAACUCUGGGCCUUUGGCCUUUCCAAUCUAAUGAUUUUAUCUUCUCAAUUAACUUUGGCUAUUUCGGUUUCUUCAUGAUUCUGGAAUAUCUAGAUUUCUUUCUCUUCAUCGGCGAUCUUGAACAUGUGAUUAUGAAUUUGACAGAAAACAUGGCGUUCUCGCAGAUAUUUGUGGGAAUGAGUAUGUUGCGGUUAUAUAACAAUGAAAUUGGUGAGAUCAUAAUGGAGGCCAUGAAGGACUUUGAUAGGACCAAUUAUAAAACCGUCGAGGAGAUAAAGACAUUCUUGAUCUACAAUGCUAGGUCAAAGAUCUUCGUUAAGUUACUGAUGGCAUUUGUUGCUCUAACAGCUUCAUCAUAUUAUUUAACUCCGAUUAUAAUCAUCCUCGGAAGUGGACUACCCAAAAUAAUGAUCAAUGAAAAUGUGACUCAAAUAAUUUAUUUAUUGCCUUAUCGUUUUCAUCUAUUUUAUGCGAUUGAAAACGUGCAUGCGUACAUAAUUGCAUAUGUCGUGGAAAUGCCAUUUGUCUUUGUCAGUGGUUUUGGACAAAGCGCUACCGAUUGUAUUAUGGUCACCCUUGUCUUUCAUAUUUGCGGCCAGAUGUCGGUUCUUGCUUUGCGCAUUAACAAUAUAAACACCGAAUUCCGCAAUUGCAAGCGUGAAGUGCGACAUGUGGUACUCAUGCAUAUAAGAUUAUUACGGAUGGGAAGAACAAUAGAAAAGGCAUUUAAUGCAACAUUGUUGGCUCAACUUUUAGGAGCUACUUCUCUCAUAUGCAUUCUUGGUUAUCAAAUUUUAACAAAUUAUGCUAAAGGUGAGAGAGGAGUACUUGUGACAUUUUUGAUAUUCCAGUUCUUAGUUCUGCUUAUACUCUACGCUCAUUGUACUGUCGGUGAAAAUCUUUUAACAGAGAGUGCUAAAGUAUGCGAAGCUUUUUAUGAUUGUCAUUGGUAUGAUAUGCCAAAGACAAAUGCGCGAAUGAUGAUACUAUGUAUGGCAAGAGCGCAAAAGCCACUCUCUUUAACAGCUGGCAAGUUUACUAAUAUUUGCCUGAGUACUUUAACUAAUGUAAGUCAAUGUUUUAUGCAUGCAGAUUUAAAAUUAUUCAAAUAUACACCAUUUUGCUUAACUUUGAAAAUAGUUCUGCUGCCUAUAAAAAUACAAAAGUAUGGUUCAGAAAUAAAUUGUUACCAAUUGUUUACCAAAAUAAAAAGAUUAUAA